AUGGAAGGGUACGACCACGAUGCCUGGACGGGCGAGCUGGGCACGCGGGAGACGAUGCUCAGCGCCUACCGCCUCGCCGCCGUCAGCAGUGCCUUUCUCAACGUCUCGCUGUUCCUCGCCGGCGCCUACAUCCUCCUGUCGGCGCCCGCCCGGCUUCGCUCGCCCGUGUUUGGCAUCCACAUGGCCGCGUUUGCAUGCACCAUCGUCUACUUUGUCCUCAAGCUCGUCUUUGGCUACCUGGAGAUCCGCGAGCGGCUGGCGCGGCAGCCCGACGGCACGUUCGAUGCCAGCCUCAACCGCUCCCUGGCUCAGCUCGACGUCGUCAACAGCUUCCUCUCCCUCUUUGCGCCCCUCGUGGCCGAGUCGAGCCUGCUGUUCAAGCUUGCGGCCUUCUACCCCGCCUGGAGCACCCGCCCGCUCAAGCGUGUCCUGGUCCUGGGCCCCUUUGCCCUGGCGCUCCUCCUCCGCUUCGUUGCCUCGCUCCUAGCCAUCUGGCACGGCGUCCACUUCUACCUGCUGCCCGUCGAGCGCAAGGGUAGCUCCUUCUACCUGAGCGGGCCCUACGGCCUGGCCAUCAUCCGCUUCGUCGACGCCUUUCUCCAGCUUGCCUCGUGCCUCUACGCCUCGGGUGCGAUUGAUGCUGCGACGGGCGUAUCUCUGCAGCCGGAAUGUCGCUCGGCAUGCCGUGCUGUCGAUGCGCCCCUCUGGCGACACCUUCGCUUCUUCAUCGAGUCUGUCUUGAUGAGCUUUGUGCCGCCGCUCAUCUGCCAGAUCAUCAUUGUCGCCUCGGCUUUCACGCCCACGGUCGCGGCCGCGCGCGCCAACACGUACGGCAUCCUCUUCAACGUCGUCAUGGCUCUCUGCUUCUCCAUCCUCGCCACCACCUGGUCCUCGAUCCGCGACGCAACGCCGAGCCAGAUAUCUUCGUCGUCGUCGUCCUCCUCCUCUCGUCGCCACAUUUCGACGUCGACGUCGCUGCGGCCGUCGAGCAGGGACCGGCCGCCGCCGCCGCCGGCCGAGUCAAAGUCCAUCAUUGCCGCCGUCUUGGACCGAGCGGGCAUCACCAGCCGGGACGGGGCGGAGUCGGAGGAGGAAAUGGAGGUGGUGCAGUCGAUUACGUCGACGUCGAGCGCAGGCGAGGGCGAGGGGCACGCACCUCGUUUCCCGCACAAGGGCACUUCCGAGUGGAGGAGGAGCACGGCGGCUGCCCCGCGCCUGCACGAUCACUCGCUCUAG